AUGAAGGUGGAGGGGCAUGUUGAUCGCGGAAAUGCAUGUCCACAAUUCAUCUUCCCAAAACACGAGGAGAGGAGAAUCCAUGGAUCAUGGAGGAGAGGGGUUAUUGUGAAGUUUCUAGGGUAUAGGAUCAAAUAUAAAGCGUCGGAAACAAGGCUAAAACAAGUGUGGGUCAAGAAGGGCAUCAUUCACAUCAUCGAUCUAAGCAAUGAUUAUUAUCGAGUAACCUUUACUCACGAGGAAGACCAUAUCAAUGUGCUUGCUAAUGGGCCUCGGUUUAUUUAUGAUCACUACGUCACAGUCAAAGAAUGGAACCCUGAUUUUCAUCCAGAAAGUGACACCAUUGAUCAUGUAGCAGUUUGGAUAAGGAUUUCGGGGUUGUCGAUUGAAUACUAUGAUACAAAGGUUCUGUCAUUCAUUGGAAACAGGAUAGGCAAGACAAUAAAAGUGGAUAAGAACACUAUGAUGCAUGAACAAGGGAAGUGCGUGUGGCUAUGUGUCGAGGUAGACUUAUCCAAUUCAUUGAUGGCAAUGUUCAUCAUUAAGGAUAGGAAGUAUCAUGUGGAGUAUGAAGGUUUACACCUGUUGUGUAUCAAGUGUGGGAGAUUUGGUCACUAUAAAGAAGGGUGUCCAGAUAAACAUGAACAACAAGAGAAUGGAAAUGUUUAA